AUGGCUGCUGUGGCUACUGCACAGAAGAAUAGCCGCUAUUCCAUGUCCGAGAGAAAUCUUGGGCUUAUGAUGGAGAUUAUUCGCAAGGAUCCCGAGUCCUAUAAGGAGGAGUUCAUGGAACAAUUUGAUCACUAUCUUCAUACUAUGAAAUUGCUUCAUUUGCAACCACAACAGCACAGAAUGGAGCUACAGCCACUGCUGGAGUCAGUGACAUUUCUGUCAGGUCUCGCUAAACACUAUCCAGAACAAGCCAAGGAGUUCUCAGCGCAUUUAAUAAGCGUACUUCGCGAACAAGGGAGUGGUCUUGAUCCCCAUGUGAGGAUGUCCUUCUGUAAAGCACUUGUUUUACUACGCAAUCAGAAUCUUAUUGAUCCGCUGGAGUUUAUGGAAAUAUUUUUUGAACUUGUGAGAAUUGAAGACAAACAGCUCAGGAAGUUCAUAAUGUCGUCCAUUUCGUCUCUACUCAAACGGCUUUACAACCAAAAGAAGAAUAUGAAGCUUCUGGGGAAAAUACAGAAUUUCUGUUUCGCCAAAAUGAAAGUUAUGAGUGCGUUCCGCCAUGCGAAGAAGACUAGGAAACGAGCAAAAGAUUUCGAAAGAUCUAAAAAGGCUAUCAAUAAAAAGAAAAAGGCAAAGAAAGAAGGUCGAAGCAAAGAGUGUAAUUUGCUCGCCAUUCAGUCUUUAUACGAUCCUCAGGAGUUUGCCGACAAGCUGUACAGAAUGUUAGAGAGUAAAAAGAUUGAUAAGUAUGAGCUGCGAUUGUUCCGCAUAGCGUUAUGUGCACGAACUAUCGGUGUGCAUCGUCUGCAUACACUCAGCUUCUACUCGUAUCUUCAUCGCUAUUUGCAGCCAAAGCAAAGAGAUUAUAAAACGUACAAGAACAAAAACGUGUCAAUGGCUGCUCGCGCGCUUAUUACCCUGUUCCGCUCUGUCAACCCUCGUCUUCUUGCAAGAAAGGACCGCGGCCGACCAACCGAUGGUGAUGACGAAAAGGAAUUUUUGGGCUUUGCUAAACCUGCUGUUGCUGAUUCUGUUCCUGGAGCAGAAGUUUUGGAAGAAGAGCGAGAGGAAACAGGCGUUAUGGAGGUGGAUGACGAUGACGACAGUGACGAGUCUAUAGAAAUAAGCGACGUGGACACAGAUGAGGUCGAUUCCGACGAGGAACCUUCUGCUAAGAAACGAGCGCUUGACAAAACUGAGAGCAAUGAUGAAGAAGACGAAGAAGAAAGUGAAGACGGAUGGGAAACUGAUGAUGGUGAAGAGGGAGAUGAGGAAGAUGGUGACGAAGUUUGUGAUGGCGACACAGAUGUUUCUCAUCAAGAAAUUGAAUCAUCAUCUCAGCUGUCAGGAGGGGGUGAAGUAGAUCCUAAAAAGAAGGCAGAAAUAAUUAGUUCCAACAGAAUUCUUACACAGGAGGAGUUCAAGCAAAUUAGGAUAUACCAACUGAAGAAAAAGCUCAUUGGAGAGAAGCGACUGAAAAGGCAGCUUGGAAAUGCGAGGAAAAACGAUGAUGUUAAGCU